UCCUUAUACAAAAUGGCGUAGUGUCCGACAACCAAAUCAGUGCUCGUCCCUUUUUUCCCACUGACCGUUAGGCCGGGCGUGUAGCGAAGUCGUUAUUAUGGUUCCCCGUGCACCAGAUGAUCCUUUGUAAAAAUGCAACUCUGGUAUGGUAUCUGUGCCUCUUUGUGAACCCACCAGCCAUUAUGCUUUGUCCAUGAGCUUUCUGUCUUUUGUGCUUCCGUCUGUGGGUACGAGUGCGUGUGCUUCACUACGCGACUGCUCGAUGAAGCUUGCUGCUAGAGUUCAUGGCAAACACAGGAACGCCGGUAGUCUGCAUGCUUGAACCGUUUCUUUUUUUCAAAAUGAGGACGCCGCAUCAGUGAAAGAAUGCACACGCGAAGUCGCCGUCUGCAAACACUUCUGUUAAACUCCGCAAUGCCUCACGGUAGUUCACAACCUUGUUUUUGCAGCAGACCAGGGGCCUCGUCGAAAACUGGAUAUCCCCGACAAGGGUACUCGUCCCGUCCAUCUGUUCCUUUUCUCCGGGGCAGUUUUGCGAGGUUUUGCUUUUUUUUCCUAGUUCUCCAGAAUGUCGCAUAUUUUCUUUCCUGUAUCAAACUCGGGUUUUCAGAGCAUGCGGCUGUAGGCCUCGGACCUCAGUGGGCUCCGUCGACAAUCGGGAAGAUUUCACGGGCAGGCUGCCUAUUAGGCAGAAGCGGACCGCGAGGAAGAUACGAAAGAAAAUACCCUGCCUCAUUCUUGCUUCUGGCUUUGCCAAAGGAUCUGACAAGCUUAGAAUCGAGGGCGAUCCUACUGAAUUCGAGUUUUAACUUCCCGCGUCAUCGUAGAAUACGACAGAGCGCAAGGACUCAGGUGUGGAUUAAGGACGGCUUUGGCGUCGGGGGUCGGCGAGAGAGGAAACAGGAAGAUCGCGUUCUCCGUAGCACCGCCCCUGUCGCGAUUGUAUUGGCAUGGAGGCCCGUCGUGAGAUUUCUUCAAGGGUCUUUACAAACCUGGUUCCGCGCAAUGGCUUCCGCACCUUCUCAGCUGGCCCCUAGUCUCAACAAAGCACCAACGACACCGCUACACGAAAUGCUAAAGUCCUUUUCCAAGGGAACGGCAGUGGAGGUUGUGACAGAAUGCGCAGGGAGCGCUGCCGCGUUCUGGUGCACGUGUGCAUCUUCUGUCUUGCUUCAAAAGAGCUUGGGUGUUUCUUGUGCAUCGAAAACGUGUAAACUGUUCGGUAUCACAACGGUCUUCGUGGCCAGCAACGCUGCUGCCGUGGCAGCAGCCACGGUUCGAUGUGCGUUCCAACUCUGCGGAGUAACGACGCCACGGGAUAAUUUGAGCUUCGCAAACAUCGGGAGGGCUGCGGUUGACAAGUUGGGAUUAGAUGCGCUUGCCAACAGAAAGAAUGAGGUUUCCGCAGCCGUGUUACCCUCGUCCAUAAAAAGUGGUACUGGGGGGCUGAAGGACUGGUCAGAUUCUCUGAUGAAAGUUGGACUGAAGGAAGGUAUUCUGGGGAGCGCCAUCUUCUGGUUGCUUGGUGGGAGGUUUUUCCGACUCUCUCCGAGUUGCUUGCUGGCGCCGGGAGCCUUCCAUCAGAGCCGCCUCUCUCUCCGUGCAGGCAUCGACUACGCGUCGGUGGAGGAGAGGCGCUUUAUAAAGAAACUUGGAGAAACUUUCGGAUGCCACACUUGUGGCAAGCGCCGAAACGUCGAAGAGUGGAUUGCCGAUCAUCAGCCGCCGAAGCGAGUCGUCGUAAUGUUUAGCCAGACGUGGAUCGGCCACUUCUAUGGCAUGUUGAGCCGCGCAGUGGGAGGAACUCGGUACUUGCCUCAGCGAUUUUAUCCUCAGUGUCGGGGCUGCAGUAUGAAGCAAGCUACCGUCGUGAGAAAACCGAAACCAUCGCGCAAAGACCUUGUUGUCAACUACUGGAGUGUUCGGCCAUACCACUUCACUGGGGGUGUCCUUCACCUCUUGCGUUUUCUUGCCGGGUGGUGAAUUCACAGUUCAUCUAGCUCCGAAAACAGUGGAGCUGAUUUACCGCUGCACUGGGUGGAUUCUCGGCAAGACCGUCGUUCAACGUGCAUGCGUAUAUGCGAUUGUAAGAGGAACGGAUCUGGAGUCUGUAAAGACUUAUAUGGUGACGUUAUACGUGUAAAGCUUUCAGUUACGUGUACAUCUUGUUUAGGGUGGGUUAUCAGGAUAUAAAGCAGACAGCAGUUGGUGGGAAAGUAGUGUCGUCAAACGUCGUCCCGUUGCGAGGAGGAAGUUCUUGUUUCAGGGCUUCCACCGUAGUCAGCGGUAUCUGAGAGAUCGAACAGCUUGAAGCAGGUUAUGAUUUAUGGAUGCCACUGACAAGAGGAGCUCUGAUGAAAAACAGCCGCCGCUCUCCAGCGCACACCCACUUGUCUGCAUUGGACGCGUUAUGCACGGGCCAGUGGGGGACCAUCAUGCAGUGUCUGCUCCAAUUGAUAGACAGCUAGAACAAUUACACUCUCGAUUUUUCAG